AUGGAGCUUGGCUUGGAGAAUGAGUUCUUCUCUCCUUACCUUCAUGAUAGUGCCUUUGGCUGGUAUUUCGACCACGACCUCUGUUUACUUGCAAACUUGAGCGACUACCAGCGGCUAGUCCUUCCUAACUCUGGUGGGAAUGAGUAUGAAUAUGACAGAUGGAGUCAGUACAAAGCGUUUUAUAACACCCCUGAUGCUGAUAGAGAGUAUGUGCUGUACUGGGAAAAGAUGGUCAAGGAAAUGAAGUGGCUUGAAAAUCAUGUGCUUAAAGAUUUUCUGGAGUGGGUGCCAAUGCGCCGUAAAGGUUUGUACCAAUCAAUUAAGAUUGCCAAUGGGUUCACCAACAUUCAUUUGGGUCUAACAUGUCAUGGUUUCGAGGAGUAUGUAUUGAGGACUCGCCUUUAUCGUCUGUUUGUCGAAGGUCUUGACCGUGCCUUUCUUGAGAUUUGGAAGCGGGUCAAUGAGGGUCAGAUGUGUUUCAGAGAUGCUCUGCAGGAUGUUUACAAUGAGAAUCCGGUUCCAUUGCGCCAACAUAGUUUGAAGGCUGAGCUGGAGUGGCCCGGCGGUUUUUUGCAACUGGAGCGACAAUUCCGCCGGUGCACAGAAGGCAUUAGUAAGGAAGUAAGUCUUCCAGAUCAAAGAGUCCAAGAGUUGAUUGCGCAGGAAAUUAAUUACAAGCGUGCGUUGCCAAAGACGUAUGCACAGUACGCCAGGAAGAAGCUCCAGGUUGCACAAGUCUUGGGAAUCAUUCCCAGGGCCGAGAUACCAGCGUAG